CCCUCGGCACAUGCGCAUCACAGCUGGCCGGGCGCCGUAAGGAGUGGCACUUUUUAAAAGUGGAGCCUCAGGCCAGCCCCUAGCCUCAGCGUGUCUCAGUCGGUUGUCGAGUUCCUUCGGUCCCGGUCGUGCGUGCCUCUUGUCCCACGCAAGUCCAGCUUGUACCAUGCCGGUCAAAGGAGGUAGCAAGUGCAUCAAAUACCUGCUCUUUGGAUUUAACUUCAUCUUCUGGCUCGCCGGCAUCGCAGUGCUUGCCAUUGGACUAUGGCUGCGGUUCGACUCUCAGACCAAGAGCAUCUUCGAGCAAGAAACUAAUCAUUCCAGCUUCUACACAGGAGUGUACAUUCUGAUUGGAGCUGGGGCCCUCAUGAUGCUAGUUGGUUUCCUGGGCUGCUGUGGAGCUGUACAAGAGUCACAGUGCAUGCUGGGAUUGUUCUUCGGAUUCCUCUUGGUGAUAUUCGCCAUUGAGAUCGCCGCAGCCGUCUGGGGCUAUACCCACAAGGACGAGGUGAUUAAAGAACUCCAGGAGUUUUACAAGGACACCUACCAAAAGUUAAGGAACAAGGAUGAGCCCCAGCGGGAAACACUCAAAGCCAUCCAUAUGGCGUUGAACUGCUGUGGCAUAGCUGGUGGUGUGGAGCAGUUUAUCUCGGACAUCUGCCCCAAAAAGCAGGUUCUGGAAUCCUUCCAGGUUAAGUCCUGCCCGGAUGCCAUCGAUGAGGUCUUCCACAGCAAGUUCCACAUCAUUGGAGCAGUGGGCAUCGGUAUCGCCGUGGUGAUGGUGAGUGGCAGGUGGUCCCGGGGGAAGACUCUUGUUAGCUGUGCCCAGGCACUGUUAGAAGUGCUGUCGGGUCAGAAGCACUCCUGGCUGACCUGGCUAGGGAGAUACACAUCAGGAUUUCCUUCUUACUACUAGGAAGUGAGAGCCUUCGGACUGCGGCUCAGAGGCAGCCACUUGGCUGGAAUGGGCAAAGCCCUGGGUUUCAAUCCCAUCCCUGCAAAGCACAGAGGGUGGGAAGAGUCCUAACCCACAUGCUGUGUUGGAAACACUGACCUUAGGAUCUAACGCUGCAUUUCUCUAAGGAAUUACCUCAGCAGCUGACUGUCAGAGUCCCCGUCCCGCCAUCCUUCCUGCCAUCUGGCCCUCUUCUCUCCUACAUCAGUACCCUUCCCCGACCUUGCUGCUUUGGUCUUGUCUGAACCGGGUGAUGCUCCUUCCCUUCCAGUCAGGCAAACCACGCCCCUUGCUGUCUUUGCAGAUCUUCGGUAUGAUUUUCAGCAUGAUUCUGUGCUGCGCCAUCCGCAGGAGCCGAGAAAUGGUCUAGAGUCUGACCCAACCCCGAGCAGGAACAGUGGCUCUGAGGACAGUCGGGCCAUUUGUUUUUUUUGCCACUAAUAUUAGUAUUCAUUACGCAUUUCUAAACAACAGUUAUUCUGUGUUUGUCUUUUUAAUGCUUUAUUCAUUAUUGACAUUUGUAGUAGAGGGAUCCGGGGGUUCGGUUCAUUUUGAUUUUUUUUUUUUUGGUUGUUUAUUUUUGCUUGUUAUGUUAAGCAAAAAAUCCUGCAAUGAAAGGUACUGUAUUUGCCAGACUCUAGACAUAAGAUGUUGUACAUAAAGAGAAUUUUUUUGCCUUUAAAUAGAUAAAAGUAUCUAUCAGAUAAAAUCAGGUUGUAAGUUAUAUUGAAGACAAUUUGAUACAUAAUAAAAGAUUAUAACAAUGUCUA